AUGGAAUCCCACAAUACCAGAGGCGGGCACCUGGAUGCCACGGCUGGCCGGGAGGUGGUCUUCUGCCAUGCCUGCUCACACGAGUGGUGGGAAGACGAGCAUGGUCUGCAGUGCCCUCGCUGCGAGAGCGAGAUCACAGAGAUUGUCUCUCCCGAGAACGACCCCAGGGAAAUCGAGGACGGCCCCCCGCUUCACGGCUCUCCGGGUCAUAUAGGCAGAUAUGACAACGACUCGGAUCCUGAGGAGGCCGACAUAGAAGAGCACCUGCACCGUGGUCCUGGCGGCUUUGUCGUUCACCGAACAAUAUGGGACAAUUCCCACCGGCCGGGACAGAGCCCGAACCCGAACACACGCCAGCCCGCAGAUGCGAACGAUGGCGACCAGAUCAUCCGGCGUUUCAUUGACAUGGUCAAUGACUUUGGCAUGGGUACGCCCCCACGCCCGCCGCCCGAAGAAACUCGCCCCCCUGGAAUUGGUGGUAUUCUCUUUGGUGGUCAGGGCAACGUGCGCACCUACCACAGAGCAGGCCCUGGAGGCACCACAAGCUUCACGAUCGCUACCGGUCCCAUCCACUUCCAUCAAGGAGGCGGCCACUCCCCUGUUGGACCUGGAAGCGAUCCCUUUCAGUCUAUCUUCAGCAGCGUCCUGGCCGGAGCAGGACCGCCCCAAGGUGAAGGUAUGCCAGGUCCUGGUCAGGGCCAGCGGGCACCUGGUGGAGCGCCUACGCUUCUUCAUGAGAUUCUCAACAUGCUCAACCCGGCCAACGCCUCGCACGGUGACGCCGUAUAUACCCAAGAGGCCCUGGACCGCAUCAUUUCUCAGUUGAUGGAGCAAAACCCUCAGAACAACUCUGCUCCCCCGGCAACUGAAGACGCGCUUAGCAAACUGCAACGCAAAAAGGUGGACAAGGAGAUGCUAGGCACCGACGGCAAGACUGAGUGUACCAUUUGCAUCGACGAUUUCAACGAGGGCGACGAAGCCACGGUGCUGCCCUGCAAGCACUGGUUCCAUGACCAGUGCGUCGUCAUGUGGUUGAAGGAGCACAACACGUGCCCGAUCUGCCGCACUCCUAUCGAGGAGCCCAGCAACAGCAGCGGCGGCAACAGGAACAAUGCCAAUUCCAAUGCAAGCGGUUCACACAACGAUCCGAACGCCAAUGCUUCUCAACGUGCGCACACUGCGGCGUCUGGCUCAUCGGACAGCUCACACCACCCCUUUGAUUGGGGCGACGCGCCUCCUGGAAUUCCUGGUCAUUGGGGAGCAGCAGCCUAUCCUCCCCGCCCUUCAUUCUUUCAGCAGGCACCGCCAGUCCCCGAGGAUUCCACGCGGCCCCAGAGAUCGCCCAUAACUGAGUGGGGUGUGCCCUUUCCCAUCUACGGAGGGUCCAGCACAAACAGACAGGACCCUCAUAGCACGGAUCUGCCCUCGCGUCCCCAUGAAGACGCCCGAUCCUCCAGCUUUCGCUCCAGACGGGACUCACAUUCGCCCUCUAGCCUUCGCCGGCGCCAGUCAGAUUCGUUCCGAACUAGGCAACGGAGCCCGUCGUCUGGUAACUGGGACAGAGAUCGUGACAACAACCAGGACGCGGGUUCAAACCACGGUCCGCUGAACUGGCUGAGAAACCAGUUCUUCCGAGGACCUGGUUCAGGCGACAACAGCAGCAACAACACACGAGAGCGACGGAGACCUUAG